AUGAAAACAAGCGAUAAGGAAUCAAAGGAAGAGAAAAAAGAAAGAAAAGAAAAGAAAAGACAAGAUAAAAAAGAAGCAUUACAAUUAAAGAAAAAAGAAAAGAAAGAAAAAAAAGAUUUAAAAAAAAAUAAAGGUAGAGCAGGUUCAAUAGACUCGAGCACACUUAGUGGCCGUGAAGAAUUGGAUGAUGAUGAUGAUUUAACUUCAAGUACUAACAGCAAUGCAAACGAACAAAACAUACCAACUGAAAAUUUAAGAACUUUUAAUGCUGGUGAAAAAAAAGGUAUCUACUCUAUAGAUCAAUCAUCACAACAAGACCAACAACAAAAAACAUUAAUUUCACAAAGCGAAAUUUUCAGUAGUGAAUCUUUCUUAAUUGCGGUCUCUGAUACCGAUCAUUUAGGACCAGCUAUCAAAUCAGUCUUUGAAAAUAAUAAAGAAAAAGAAAUUAUCACCACUUUAAACAACUAUAUAGCUCAAAAAGAUUUAGAUAUAGAAAAGAUUUGUGGUGAGAAUCACGAAGGCUUCAUCAAUUCAGUAACAGCAUUUCUUGGUCUAAAAGGUGAUAAUUUAGAUUUAAAGCAAGACGUAAUCAACUUAAACUAUGAACUACAAGAAAUUGGUAACAAAUAUGUAAACAAGGCAGAAGAACUAUUUGCAUUCAAACAAAUCAAAGAUAACAUUAAAAAGACUAAAGAAAUUUUAAACAAUUGUCAAUAUGUAAUUUUAUUGGGUAUGAAGAUUGACGAAUAUGUAGCAAACAAGAAAUACUUUCAAGCAAUUAAAAAUAUGGAUCAAUUACACAAUGUUUAUUUAAAAAGACUAUCAGAUUUUCAAUUUGCACGUAAUAUGGACUACAACAUACCCAUAAUGAAAGAAAAAAUCAAGAGAUUGGUUAGAGACGACUUUAACGAAUGGAUGGUUGAUAUUAAAGAAAAAUCAUCAACUAUUGGUAAACUUGGUAUGAUUCAAACUUCAAAAAAACUAAUGAAAGAACGUGAGAUUAAUCCAUUAAAGAUUAAAACAACUUUUGGAGAAAAUGAACAAAUUUGGGAUAGUAUUUUAAAUAUAACCAAUAAAAACCAAAAUCCAAUUGGCUCAUUAUCUUUAAAUGAUACACAACAACAAUCAUCACCAUUUUCAAAAUCAAUAAACGAAAACGAUCUCAAAAACGAUAUCAAUCAAUUUUCGCCAUUUGACGAAGCAAAUAUUGAUUUUCACCCACUUUAUCAAUGCCUUUUUAUUUACUCUAGCUUGGGUAUGAUCGAAGAGUUUCAAACAUAUUAUACUGAAAACAGAUCAAAACAAUUUAGCAAUGUUAUCAAACCAAAAGACAGUGGCCAAGUUUGGGAAACUUAUUUACAACAAAUUUUAGGUUAUUUUAUGAUUGAAUCAAAAGUAAUAGAAAGCACACAACCAUUUUUAUCGAAAACCACAAUUAAUGAGAAUUGGAAUUCAGCACUAGUUAAGGUUACAUCAGUAUUACAAGAACUUUUUACAGAUUGUCAUGAUACUCUACCACUAAUUGCAUUCAAGAAAUUUGUUUUAAUUUUUACAAAUACAAUGUCAUUUUAUUCAUACCACGUUCAACCACUUUAUUACUUUUUAGAUACAAUGAAAGAAAAGUAUUGUCAUUAUUCAAUUAUCGAAGCUGUAAAUAGAUUUACCCAAAUUUUAGAAAAUGAAUCACAUGCAUCAUUAAUCGUCGAAAGUCUUGAAGAAUAUAAAUCAUUAAUUUUAGCAAAUAAAUUAGAUAUUUUAGAAUUACAACAACAGUUACAAUUAAAAUUACAACAACAAGAAGAAUCUAAUAAUAAUAAUGUUAAUAAUAAUAACAAUAAUAAUAUGACCAAUAGUAAUAGUAAUGAUAACAUUAAUUCAUUUGAUACUGAAGAAGAAAGAGAUGAAAAAAUUAUAAAACAAUUACCAAAAUCAUUUUUAUUUUCAAAAAUGGUUCCACAGUUUUAUGCUCUAAUUAAAAAGUUUAUUUCAGAAUUUUAUGAAUUUGCAGAUCAAUUAACAGAAAAUGAAAACUUUAUUAUUAGAUCAACUGAUAUUUUAAUUAAGAAAAUUAAUGAAGUUUUAUAUUCAUUUAUAACACAAAGUCAAGCUGUACCACAAGUAAUUCAAUUAGUAAUCAAUUUACAACAUUUACUAUCUGCCUGUUCAUUCUUUAAAGAUUAUUUGAAUUCUUUAAUUUUAGGUGAAGACUAUCAAAAGAACCUUUCAAUCACAAACGAAACCAAUAAAGUAAUCCUUUCAAGUCAAAAUUUACUUUACACAACCAAAAGCCAUGGCGAGAAAUUAAUUAUCAAAUUGUGUGAAAGAAAAAUUAUCGAUUUAAUGUCAUCUGCUGAUAAUAUUGAUUGGUUUCCAAUGGCAAGUGAUGAUCGCCCAAGAGAUUAUAUAAUAGAUGUAUGCACUUUCCUUGAAGUUACCCUUCCUUUUAUUUCACCUUUAUCUCAAAAUUUAAAAGAAGAGUUUAUUACUAAAGCUUUCAAGAUUGUUUCUGAAUCUUUAUAUUCAUUGAUAACCAGCGAACAAUUGAAAAAAUUAAAUUUAAAUGGUGUAAAAUGUUUUGAUGCAGAUUUGAAAUAUAUGGAAAGCUAUGUAAAACAAAAAGCCAACGAAAAAGAAAGAACAACAACCACAAGCAGAAAUAUGGUUGGUUAUUUCGUGGAGUUGCGUCAAUUAGUUAACUUAUUGCUCUCUGAUAACCCAGAAGAAUAUUGUGAACCUAGAAUUAAAUCAAGACAAUAUAACCUUCUUACAAAUACCCAACAAAUUUUAAUGAUUCUAAAUAAAUAUAAAGAAGAGUCCAAAGGAUUUACAACAUCAAAAGAAAUUAAAGACAGAAACAAGAAAAUUUCAGAUGCAAUAAGAAAAAUAAAAGAUAUAUAA